CUGAGCAGUGCCCCUGUCUCAUCCCGUCCCGGCACCGGUUCUGUUGUCCAGCCGCCGACAACAGACGAACGCUUCGGCGGCCCUCUUCUCAACCACCUACCUUUUACCUCGAAACCGAACGAUUCGUCGUCGUCGUCAUCGCGCCCUAGCCGUCCGCUGAGCCAGCACUUCAACUUCCCGCCCUCUUUCCUGCACGGUAGAAGGGCAUCUUUGGUGCAGGGAGGAGACCUGCCUUCACCAACCCUGGUCGAGGAUUCGAGAGAGUCUGUCUCGUCUAAUGGCUCGUGGAUGAGACGUCUGUCUCUUCGUCCACUGUCGCAACACGGAAGCAUUCGAUCAAGCCUUGGUCUCGACAGUCAAUCUGUCGCGUUAUCCAACGGUUCUGCGGCUCCGAUUCUCUCUCCUACCGGCUCGACUCCCCCGACGCUACCUCCGAAUAAGCUGGUGAAGCGACCGCCCUCGGCGCACCAGAAUGGUCCUGUAGGACGUCUUCGCUCGAGGACGCAUCUUCCCAGUCUACGACGACCCGCGACGAGCCACCAAAGAUCUGCUACAUUACACAAAAUACACCACGACGUUCAUACCGUUGAACCCACAGCCGACCCCAAAUUCUCCUUUGACCAGUACAAGUUUCCAAACGCGGAAGGUGCCGCACCACCGCCACCCAAGGAAGGCAACAAACAAGAACAGGAAUCGCAACAACAACUACAGCCACAGUCACAGCAACAACAAAAUCCGAAAACCAAGUGGACUUCCUUUUUUCACUCGCGCAGGGCCAAUGUUAUCGCACGCAGCGCCCCCGAUCGCUUAAUUGACCGCAGCCCCAGCACUAGAUCUUCGACAACGACGAAGCGCAUAUUUGCGCCCAGCGGGGAACAAAAUAUUUACUUAAUUCAGGGUGGUAUGCUGGGUGACGCUACAUCAUCUGACCAGACCCCAGUACCCGAGGAUAUCAUCAAGACCAUUGAGGAUUCGCAAGACGAGGCGGUGGUAGAAAAAGAAGACGACGAUAAAGAAAACGACGAUCGACCCGCGACCCCGGAGGAUACACCGACGAAGCGCACGCAGCGCUCUUUCUCGAUGCAUUUCACUUCGCCGAACUGGAUGCCGAGGGCGGGUAGCAUUCGGCGCUCGAAGCGCGGGGAAUCGAAGACUGGGAAUAAGCGGAAUGCGUCUGCACCUGCGACAGAAAGCCCCGGCCAGGGUCACGCCCGAGACGACCUCGCGCCUUCGCCUGCGCCUGCAUCCUCGGACUACUCUCCUACGACGCAAAAGAAUCAACCACCCGCCAAUUUAGACCCGGCAAGCGCCCUCCAGCAGCGCAGGAACACCUCGUCGCCCUUGCCGCCUCUGUCGCGUCUCUCAAGUUUUAAUGUUGAUGUUUCCCGAGUCGGUUCAACAGGCAGCGGUCCCUCUCCACGCUCAAUUCAGCCUUCGGGCAGUUCUCAGAGCUCCGCGGCCAUGGCUGCUUACUAUCGCGGCCCCCAGACCGAUCGAAGUUCGACCCUGAACAGCUCCGACAUCGAAGCGAGAGAUUUCAUGUCGGGCGACGAUGACGACACGGACUUCAAGAGCGAUACCAUGUUCGACUCUCUGCGUACCGCCGCAUCUGCCAUCAACCGUUUAGAGACUCCGACGGAGUCAAUGUUUGACGAAUCUCCGCCAGGCACUGCCAUCGCAACCAAGACAAAACGGCUGUCCAUCCAAGAGAUCCUCGGCCGAUCAUGGGAUGCCGAUGAUAGAAUCAUGGAGGAGGAAGACGAGAGUAUUCCGACACCAGUUCGUGUCAAUCAUGAGCCUAGGAUCCGUCCGGACUCCGAUGUAUCGGCGCCACGCUACAGCAUUGAGCGGCCGUCCAACGAGUACUCAAUAGGAAGCAAGGACUUUGGCCGCCUGUCCAUUGAGGACGACUUCGACGACGAUUGGGCUCGCGACGAGGACGAGAUGGCCUACAGCAAUCAGUUGUCACCGCCCAGCUCGAUGAACUCGCGCGGCGUCAGCCCUAAUUUGCGCAUCGCUCUCGCCAACAUCAGCGGCAACAGGAAUACCGACGCAACGCAUGAUCCUAGCGAGAGGCCUAGAAGCAACAUAUUUGACUGGAGCGAGCCAACCAGCGACAAGCCGGAUAGCCUCAGCACGUUCCGCCCCAAGACCGCUUAUGGCAAGGAGCUAGACAUCAGAGGCGGCCGCGCUGCUGUUCGCAAGGGGCCUACCGCCAUGCACGUCCGCAGCCAAAGCGUUCCCGUUGUCCACGAUAUUGCGGACAAUGCUUCAAUGACGUCUCAGAAGUUUGGCACCUGGGGACUAGGCACGAAGAAUGUCAGCGAGGACUGGGACGACGACUUCGAGUUUGGUGGCAACGAGGCUGAAGACAAAGAGGCUGAAGUUGAUUUCGCCAUGGUGGUACCUGCGUCGAUCCAGGCAUCUCAACCAAGCCUCAAACAGCACACCGGCCACAUCAGGGAGCUCUCUCUGCUCGUUAACGAUCUGAAGCGCUUAUGUCGGCACGGCAGAGAUUUGGACAUGCUUGGCGGCUCUAGCGCGGGUCUGUGGCAAGAAGCCGAGGGCAUCAUUGCUUUGGCAUCGCCCGAUGAGGAUGAAUUGGAGGGUAUGGACGUUGAUUCAUCGUCUGUGAUGAGCGACCGAUUCAUGGAUGGCUUCGACGCUGCAUCACCCGCGCCUAUUGAAAAGGAAGACCCGUUUGACGAAGUUAAAGAAAUCAACGUAUCCAGGACUGCAGUCAUUCGCGAACGCCCUGCCGGCCGCAGACGCUCGGUUUUCUCGCCCGAUGACGAUAUCUUCGGCGGGAACAGUCCAGCUCCCGAUGAGCUUCCUCCUCCUCGGCCGAAGACACCCGAGAACAACAUUAACAUGGGCGGUCACGACGUCACGGACAUUGUCAGAUCCGUCCUUGACGCCAUGCAGCAACGUACCGCUCAAGAAUCUGCCCGUGAUGACAAGCUUCACUUUGGCACAAAUAGCCUCAAGGCUCUCGUCAAGCGGGCUGGAGAUCUCCGAGACAUCCUGUCAGAAGUCGUCCGCCGAGCAGACCAGCUCACUUCAAGCCCCGCGCGUACUCCACGACCGCACAAUGACAGCCCGGCCUUCACCCGCGUGUUCACUCCGGAGCACACACCGUCUCCGUCAAGCCCGCCUAAGAAGCUGCCUCAAACCCGGAGCGCGAACUCCGUUCUCACCCGCGGCUCCGUCGACGCUUCGCCAUCGAGCGGCCUGCAACGGAUGCACAUGAUGACUGUCAGCUGA